AUGGCUGAACACGAAAGAGACAUGUCAAACCACCUGCUGCCCGCCGGAGGCACAGGCAGUCUGAGCGGAUCGAAACGAGUCCGCAGAACAAAAGCAUGUAAGCAGUGUCAUGCUUUGAAAGUGAGAUGUACCCCGUUGGACGAAAGCGAUCCUCACCUGCCCUGUGUCAGAUGCUCCAACGCAGGCAAAGUAUGUGAAAUCGACGUCGACCAGCCUCGCAAACGCCGUCGUCGUGCUGCUGGUAGCGAACUGGUGGCUGAUCUCCAUGAACAAAUUGCUGAGUUGAAGGAGCAGCUCAGACAGCUGAAUGCUCAACUCCAAGCCAAAAACCAGUCCAGCCCUGGUGUGAACCUGACCCCUCGGGUACCUGGGAUCACUGAGACGCCUAGUGAUACAGGGUCGCCUUUUUUUGUGUCGAAGGCCGAUUUGGAACGAGAAAUCUCCUUGCUCACCGAGGGCGGAUCUAACUUGAGCGACAUCACCUCGGUCAUUAAAGAGCGAAGCGCCUACCGCAAAGCUCAUAUAGAGAAAACAAGGGUCAAGGAUGUCGUCACGGCUGGAAUAAUCACCAUGGAAGAAGCCUCGAAGCGUUUGCACAUUUACAAGACAGAAGUGUUCAGAAGACACCCCUUGGUUGAUGUGCCUCAAGAUAAGCUGACCGAGCAGUUGAUUGAGGAAAUGCCUUUUCUUUUUAAUACUGUGGUAUCCAUCGCUUCGCUCGUUAUGAACAAGGACUCCAACACCGAUAUCUGCCUGCAAGUCGAAAUCUUUGCGAUCGAAGCCGUGUGCACCGAAAUCAUGGUGUGGGGCUCUAAGAGUGUUGAGCUCGUCAAGAGUCUCAUUCUUCUCUCAUUAUGGUACAACUCACCGGAGUUUUUCAAGCAGCGCCGUUACCACAUCCUCAACACCGUGUCUGUCAGUCUUUUGCACGACUUGGGUAUUGUCAGCCGACCCUCCUACACCUACCUGACCGAGAACAAGACUAUCGUCAAACAACAAGAGCAGCAUACAGCUAUUGAAUACCGUGCCUUGAUCAUGAUAUUGUACAUCAGCACUGUCAGCAUUUGCUUGAUUCUCCGGCGUAACAUUUAUGUCAAAUGGACGCCUUACGUCAACGAGUGCUGCUUGUGUCUUGAAAAAGAGGACAGCGAUCGCUUCCGGAGCUUGGCCACGUUUCUGAGACUCAAUCAUGAGUUGGAGAGGAUCCAUCACAUCGUUCAUGCUCCCGACUCCGUUGAGAACAAAUCAGCGGUCUCCAAAUAUGUUAUCAAAGAAUUUCAGGGAAUACUCUCGUCACUCAAAGGAAGAAUUCAUCCGGCAAACUACCUUCAGAAGGCCUACUAUCAUUCCAUCGAAGCGUACCUUCACCAACCCGACUUCAACGAAGUUCAGCUUGUUAACACUGAUGGAACCGGCUGUGCUCUGAAGCUUGAUGCUACUACACUCAAGGCCAUCUCUCAGUGUACGGUUUCUUGCCUUUGCGCUUUAGACGAAGUGGCGAAGCUCGAACCAUCUGAUGUUGCUGCUCUACCGUUGGUCUACUCCUCCAGAAUCGUUUACACUGCAGGCAUGUUGAUGAGAAUGAGAUACUUGAUCUUGUCGUUGCCUUCACAUAUCGAAAAGGACUUGGUUCCCCGCUAUGCUAUUCAGUCCAUUCAAAAGCUCAAAAAUCUAAUAUUCGAGACAUCCCAGUCCUAUCCCGCAAACAACUUCCUUCUUAAAAUGAGAUUGAUCUUGCAACUUUUCAUCCAAACCUAUGUCACUCAGGUUCUGGACUUGUUGAAGAGUCAUAGCGAGACACCCAACCAAUUCAAACCGGUUUCAAAAGACAUCAGCAGAAGCGAGCGUAAGCAGAUGGCUCUUUUGGCAACAGACAUGUUUAGCACUGGAGGCGGAAUUAUGACCACUGAAUCGGGAAGAUACAAUGCUCCAGCCAUGCACUUGGAUCUUCUAUCAUACGCUGCUUCAUUUAGGCGAAUGAGUGAAGACGCUGGCAAGGGAGAACCUUUAAAAAAGGAGAACAAUGGAGUCAAUAACGGCACUCAUCCUGUCCAGCUACCGGAGAAUGUCGACAUGUCGGCCGCCAACCAGUAUCCACCACAGAACUUUGCAAAUAGACCGAUGCCGAUGGACCCAGGCAUGAUGACAGGAAGCUCUGCAAACACAGGAAACACACCGCAGUACAACACGCCCAUGCCAAACUACAUGCCACAAGGACAGUAUCGAUAUCAAGACCGUGGCAGUCAGGUACCCUCGGUGUUCGAUAACAAUUCGAUGAUGCAACCGAAUCCGUCUAUGUCUACGCAAGACGAUUCGAUGCAAUUUCAGGGGACUGAUGGACAAGAACUCGACAAAAUGUUGGGCAAGGAGUCUGUCAACAGUAUUAAUGAGGAAUUCUGGCUGUACCUCUUGAGCGCAGAUUCUAACAAACUUCACUUCGCCCAAGACAUGCCUGGCCCCAACGACGAGGUCUUUUUUAUGAACUAA